GCUUUUUGGUACAGACAGCGUGCUGCUGGUGGUGUAGAGCAGCUGUAGUUCAGUACUGGGUUUAAUUUAGCUGUAGUUCAGUACUGGGAUUAAUGUAGCUGUAGUUCCUUACUGGGUUUAGUGUAGCUGUAGUUCAGUACUGGCAUUAGUGUAGCUGUAGUUCAGUACUGGGUUUAGUGUAGCUGUAGUUCAGUACUGGGUUUAGUGUAGCUGUAGUUCAGUAACGGGUUCAGUGAUGUAGAUUACUGCAGAUUUAGAGCUGAAACUCUCAGUACCACAGUUCUCUCCUCCUACUGAUACAACCGAGCCUCAUCAUCCUGAUCCACGAUGGGGAAGAAAAGAGGAAAGGACCGGAACCAGAAAGAGGAGAUCAGUGUGGAUCUCUCAGGUGUUACAUGUACACACAUCCGUAAAGGAAUAGAUCACAGCUUAUUAAAGAAGAUCAGCCUGGAUCAGCCCUGGAACUCCUGCCAGACCUGCCAGACCAGCCCAGCGGAGAAACACACAGACGCUGAGUCUGAAACCGAAAGCGUCACGGAGCCGCCAGCCGUGUGGAUGUGUCUGAAAUGCGGUCACAGAGGAUGCGGGAGAUUCUCUGAGAACCAGCACGCCAUCAAACACUACGAGACGCCACGCUCAGAUACGCACUGCCUGGUGCUCAGUCUGGACAACUGGAGCGUGUGGUGUUAUAUCUGUGAUGAUGACGUCCACUACUCCAGCACUGGACAACUGGCACAGCUGGUUUCCAACAUCAAGAAGCAAGCUCCAGUUUACUCCAAGCCCGAGACCUCCAGUGAAAAGGUGAAGGAAGAGAACAGUGUGCUGGAAGAACCAGUGGAGAAGGAGGUGAAGGAGGUAAAUGAGGUAAAUGAGGUGAAGGAGGCUGAGAAGGAGACAGAAGAUCCACCAAAGCAGAAAGAGAAGAGAAGGGUCUUGAAGCAAAACGGCGUCCUGAAGAAAGAGGCUGCAGCAGAGGCGAGCUGUGGAGCCGUGGCUGUGAAAGGCUUCAGCAACCUGGGGAACACCUGCUUCUUUAACGCUGUCCUGCAGAACCUGUCUCAGACGGUGCUGCUUCGGCAGCUGCUGAACGAGGUGAAGGACGAGCAGAUCAGCCUGUUACUCACAACUCCACCAUCCACACAGCUCGAUCCUCUGCAGGUCCAGCUGCCAAGACCCGGCUCCCUGACCCUGGCCAUGUGCCAGCUGAUGAACGAAGUCCAGCAGACCCAGAAGACGGUGGUGACGCCCAGAGAGCUCUUUACUCAAGUGUGUAAAAAGGCCGCCCGGUUUAAAGGCUUCCAGCAGCAGGACAGUCAGGAACUCCUGCGCUACCUGCUGGAUGGCAUGAGAGCGGAGGAGAGCACUAGAGUCACAGCUGGAAUUUUGGAGGCCCUGAAGAAUUCUGGGAGAAGUCUUGAUGCAGAGCAGAAGAAAGUAGCUAAAGAGUAUGAGAAGAACGGUGGGAGCAGGAACCUGGUGGACCGUGUGUUCGGUGGAGAAAUGAGCAGCACUGUGAUGUGUAAAGAGUGCAGGACCAUUUCCUUGGUAACUGAGGUGUUUCUGGACCUGUCACUACCUGUAGCUGAUGAGGCGUACAGAAAGAAGAACCAGAAGAAAGCUCCCCAGCAGAAGAGCAGUGUCUCUGAGGACGAUGGGUGGGACAGUCCCACUCCUCUGGCCAACGGGGACAAAGACAUGCCAACGGGAGCAGGUAGCAAAUACCAGCAGAAGAAGGCUAAGAAGCAGGCCAAGAAACAAGCCAAGAGCCAAAAGCGGCAGCAGAAACAGGGUGCAAAGCUCACUCUGGAUUCGCUGACCAAUCAGGACACAGGGAAUCCCUCUGAAGCCCCACCUCCAGAAGAACAGGUGGAGGCUAGCACUGAGUGUGAGAUGGACCAAGCUAACAGCCAAUCAGCAGCUUGUAACUCUGCAGAGCAGGAGCAGGAGAAGCCGGCUGAUGAUGCUGAUGAAGAGGUGGAGAAAGAAAGUUCUGAAGGAGGAGUUAGCUCUAACGCUAACCGCUUCAGCGCUCUGACUGAGGAGGGAGGGAGCACAGGUGGAGGGCAGGAUGGAGGAGAGGAAGAGGAAGAUAAAGAGGAAGAAAUGAUAGUAAGGCAAAGUGAGGAAGACGGUUUAGCUGAAUGCGUGGAGGCACUUUCACUGCAGGCAGCCAAUGAGGAGAGCGUGGAGGCGGAGCAGGAGGAUAAAGAAUCAGAUGAUACUGUAGAAUAUGUGGUGGUGAAUCAGGACCCGGAGCUGGCCUUCCGCACUUUGGCCAGCAGGGCGGCGCCACACAAGCAGGAAUGCUCCGUGGAGUCGUGUCUGUACCAGUUUACGGAGGUGGAGCAGCUAACGCAAAGUAACAGCCUGCUGUGUGUGACCUGCACCAAGAAACAGAGCACUGCACACGGCUGUAAGAAGAACGUUUACAGAGACGCUCUGAAGCAAAUGCUGAUCUCCUCACCUCCACCUGUUCUAACUCUGCACCUGAAGAGGUUCCAGCAAGUGGGCUACAGUGUGUGUAAGGUGAACAGACAUGUUCAGUUCCCCCAGCUCCUGGAUCUCGCCCCAUUCUGCUCCACCAGCUGUAAGGGUGUGUAUGAGGGUGAAGAGCAGGUGCUGUAUUCUCUGUAUGGGAUCGUGGAGCACAGCGGUACCAUGCGAUCGGGUCAUUACACAGCAUUCGUUAAAACCCGCCCCCAGAACCACACGGCCCACCUCAACGGAGCUGCAGAACCAGGUGAGGUGGCGCCCCCUAAAGGAUCCUGGUUCCACAUCAGCGACAGUAAUGUUCAGCCUGUUACUGAAGCAAAGGUGCAGAACGCUCAGGCCUACCUCCUGUUUUACGAGAGAAUCUCUUAGAUCGUAUCCAUCCAGCAGCUCUCAUCUCCCCCACAGACUGACAUUCACCCCUUUAUCCUCCUCUUCCUCCUCGCUUCAUCAGCUCCACCACAAGCACAGCGUGGAGGAACCGAGUACAGAGUACAGCACUAAAUCAGUGUUCAGAACCUGCUGCUGCUUCUGUAAAUCGUGGAUGGUUAUAAUAAAAUAAAGUGAGUGAUUGGCUGAGGGUGUGAGUGAUUGGUGUGUGAUUGUUGUGGGGAUGGUGUGGAAUAUAGCAAGAAAGGGCGAAGAUGAAUUAAUGAUGCUUCAGGUGAUUUCAGGUAAAGGUUUUGUGUGUUUGACAGUAAAGUGUUGACCAAACUCUGUGACCACAGGAGAUCCUCAGACCUGAAUGAUUAAAUACAUCUGUUUUUACACAAUAUUUAAUUUGGUACAGUUUUAAAUGACAACUGAUUAAUAAAAUAAUGACUUAUUAGAA